AUGACGAACCCAAUCAUAAAUUCCAGCCCCGACUGGGAGCUCUCAAUAUGGACCUCUAUUGCAUUCUUUGCUGCCUAUGCAGUAUACCUGAGCGUCUAUAGGCUGUGGUACAGCCCCAUUGCCCACUUGCCAGGCCCCAAGCUUGCUGCGCUGACGCAAUACUACGAGUUUUACCACGAUACUAUUCGCGGUAGCCAGUACAUCUUGAGUAUUGAAGAAAUGCACAAGAAGUACGGGCCGGUUGUGAGGAUCAACCCUUGGGAAGUUCACGUUAGCGACAGUGAUUUUCAUUCUGAACUCUACACAGGAUCGGCCUGUCAUCGCCACAAGUGGCUGUUAUGGGAAAAACAUCUUGGUGCGCCCCACAGUGGUCUGAUGAGUCUUGGGCAUGACCAUCACCAAAUGCGCCGUGCUCCCAUGGACCAGUUCCUCUCGUCGAAGAGCGUUUGGGACCUGCAGGUCAUUAUCGAGAAUAAGGCAAACGCGCUGCUAGAUCGUCUGCGACACGAAGCCAAAAACCCUCCGGCCCAGCCAAUCAACGUUAUGUAUCCACUGUCAGCUUACACCAUUGAUGUCAUCAACGAGAUCGCUUUUGCGCGAAAUGAUCAUCUGAUUGAGAGGUCAGACUUUGGUGCAGCUACAACGGACAGCCUUCUCAAGGCCACACAGGUUGGCUCCAUUGCCGUGCACAAGAAUGGGGCGAUGGCGUCUUUCAACGCUCUGCCAGAAGCCGUCCUUGGACGCUGGGUACCUGGCAAGUCCUCUGCCUCCGUAUAA